AUGGCAGCUACUCUUAAGAUAGCAGUCCGAACAGCUAAAAAUGUGGAAACCCAGUUAAAGGAAGGGGUUCAGGAGAGGGUAGAGGUUGGUGGGAAAAGAAAGUUUGAUGGAUCUUCGAGGUCCAACAAUAAAAGUAAAUUCUCGAAGUCUGAUUCGAGAGGAAGAAGAGGCAAACCAAAAUGGUGUGAUAAAUAUAAGAAGAAACAUGUUGGGAAAUGUGGCGAGGAGGUCACUUGUUUUAAAUAUGGAAAGACAGGGCACUACGCCAACGAGUGCACAUCCAACAAAAGGGUGUGCUAUGGAUGCCACGAAGAAGGGAACAUUUUGAAGGAUUGCCCAAAGAAAAAGGAUGCAGCAAGGCCUAAUUUCCCACCAAAGCCAAAAGUCAGAGCUUUCCAGAUGACAUUGGAAGUCGCAAAGGAUGCAGCGGAUGUCGCUUCAGCAUUGCUUAAAGAAAAACUUGAUAAUUCCCUAAUUUUAGAAGUUGCUAGUGGCAAAUUCAUACCUUUUAGCAAUUAUAUUAAGAAUAUCAUUAUUGACUCGAACGAAAACGAAUUCCACGAGGAGUUGUUACCCACUGAGUUGAAUGGUUUCAGCAUCAUUCUAGGGAUGAAUUGGCUUAGUGCUAAUGAUGCCAAGAUACUAUGCAAGAAAAAGAUAAUGAGGAUUAUUUCUUUUCAAGACAUGCAAGAUGUUAUCUGA